AUGGAUUUCUUCAGAUCAGUCUUCACAGAACCCUCCUCCUCUGAUUCACAAACAUCCCCACCCGUUUCACAAAAUUCCCAGCCCGAUCCACCCACCAAAUCAAACCCAUGGGCAUUCGGUUCUACCCUGUUGAAAAACAUAGCCUCUAAAUCUGAAUCUUUGAUUGACAAUUACUACAAAGAUCUUCAAGAAUUCAGCUCUGGAUUGAAAGAAGAGACAUCGGUGAUCCGCCAUGCCGCCAGUAGAGCUGUACAUGACCUCCCGGCUCGGCUGGAAUCCGGCGCCGCGAUUGCCCAGGAGUCCCUGGAGGCUGUCGGCCAGGCCAUCGACAACGUGGGGUCCACUGUCUCGGGAAUCAUCGGUAAAGAGCUGAACCCUACUGCUCAUGAUGAUUUUUUGAAUGCCCAUUUGGAUGAAAUUGAUAAAGAUUCGAGCUUUAGUGAAAAUUCUAAGCCGUAUAGCAGAGUAGAUGCGAUACUACGCGCGAUACAGUGUGAUGUUAAAACGUACUGUGAGAAGGUGGAGGAGAGUGAUUAUAAUGAGUGGAAAGUAGGGUUUAAAAUUGAGGAGGAGAAGGACAAAAUCGAGGAGCUCUUUGAAGAAAAUGGGGUGAUUAAGGAGAUUCAUGAUGAACUAGUGCCAUUGAAAGUAGACGAGGAGACAUUUUGGUGUAGGUACUUCUAUAGGGUGUAUAAGGUGAUGAAAGUGGAGGAAACAAGGGCGCGAAUUGUGAAAAGAGCUAUAUCAGGGGAGGAAGAAGAGGAGUUGAGUUGGGAUGUUGACAGUGAUGUUGAUGAUAAUGAAUGGAAUGAAAUUGAGAAGAACGGAAAGAAAGUGGAAAAUUUACCGGUUGAAUAUGAGAAGGAUUUGGAAAGGGACAAUGAGGAUAAACAGGGGGUUUCGGGGUUAAAAACUGAUGGUGGGGUGGAUGAGAAGAAAGAUCUUGAAGAGAGACUAAAAUGCGAUGAAAAAGCAAGUUCAGAAGGGACUCAUGAGAGUGAUUUUUCAGUUCCAAGUCGACCAUCAUUGCACGAGGAAGAAGACCUUGGAUGGGAUGAGAUUGAAUAUAUUGGGAGUGGGGAUGAUAGCAAGGGAAGUGGACGUGGGAGCCAUAGUCCAAGUUCAAACAGAGCUGAUUUGCGCAAGCGAUUGAGUGCUGCUGAGGAAGAUGAAGAUCUGACAUGGGAUAUUGAGGAUGACGACGAGCCUGCUAAGUCAUGA